AUGGCUGAAACGCACGACCACUCUGCGCACGCGCAACCCUCGCCCGAUGUCGAGGAGCACAUGAGUGUCGGGCGAUACAUCGCGACGCGCCUCCCGACCCUGGUGCCGCCUAUGAACCCGGCUCCAAAUCCAUUCAAAGCCUUGACUCUGUUAAACCGACAACAAUGGAUGUUCUUCCUGGUCGCCUUCUUCGGCUGGACUUGGGAUGCCUUCGAUUUCUUCACCGUCUCCCUGACCACCACUCAGCUGGCCGAAACAUUUGACAAAUCCAUCACCGACAUCACCUGGGGUAUCACCCUUGUGCUGAUGCUCCGAUCCAUUGGCGCCAUCAUCUUCGGUAUUGCCUCUGAUCGGUAUGGCCGUAAAUGGCCCUUUGUCGUUAACCAGCUCCUCUUCGUCGUCAUCGAGCUCGGCUGCGGUUUCUGCCAAACCUAUAAGCAGUUCCUAGCCUGCCGUGCCCUCUUCGGUAUCGCCAUGGGCGGUCUUUACGGUAAUGCCGCCGCUACUGCUCUCGAGGACUGCCCGUCCGAAGCUCGUGGUAUCGUCUCCGGUCUGCUGCAGCAGGGCUAUGCGUUUGGUUAUCUGCUUGCGACUGCGUUUGCGCGUGGCUUGGUCGAUACUACCUCCCAUGGAUGGCGCCCGCUGUAUUGGUUCGCGGCGUGCCCUCCCAUCUUGAUCAUUGCCUUCCGUUUGUGUCUGCCGGAGACGGAGACUUUCCGCCGUCGUCAGGAGGCGCGUGCGGAGAUGCGUGGUGGUGUUGCGGCAUCUUUCGUGUCGGAGGGUAAGGUUGCGAUUAAGCGACACUGGCUGCUGUUGAUCUACCUGGUCCUGCUCAUGGCCGGUUUCAACUUUAUGUCCCACGGCUCGCAAGAUCUCUACCCCACAAUGCUCAGCAACCAAUUCAACCUCUCCAAGAACGGCGUCACAAUCACCCAAGUCGUCGCCAACCUCGGCGCCCUCUCGGGCGGUACCCUCUGCGGCUGGGCCAGUCAAAUCUUCGGCCGCCGCUUCUCCAUAAUCGUAAUCUGCAUCGGCGGCGGUGCCCUCCUCUACCCGUACACCUUCAUCAAGAACGAAAAAGUCAUGGCGGCCGCUUUCUUCGAACAAUUCAUGGUGCAAGGUGCCUGGGGUGUAAUCCCCAUUCACCUCAUGGAACUCUCCCCGGGCUCCAUCCGCACCUUUGUCGUCGGUACCGCGUACCAACUGGGUAACCUCGUUUCAUCCGCUAGUUCGACCAUCGAGUCCACCAUCGGCGAGCGGUUCCCACUCCCUCCUACCAAGGCAGCGCCCCACCGCUACGAUUACGGCAAGGUUAUUUGCAUUUUCAUGGGCUGUGUCUUUGCGUAUGUGAUUAUUUUGACGUUUGCGGGUCCCGAGCGUCUGGGUCGGAACUUUGAUGCUGAUCACGAUGCUGAUUUGGCCGUCGUUGCGGCUCGUCGUGGUAUGAAUCGCGAUGGGUAUGAGAGUGAUCCUGAGAAGGCGGUUGCUACGCAGCGGGACUGA